AUGUUUGAGCUAACAACUUUUGUAAUAUUUUUUCUGCAAUUUUUAUUUGUAGGAGCAUGCUUGUAUUUGAUCAUGUGUGCGGAUCCUAAUUCUUAGGGCAUUUUAGGCAAAGCUCAUAGAUUUGUUUAUAAACUCAUUCCUUCCCUUUAUAGUUCAUCAAAAGAUUCUAACAAAUAGCCUAACAUUUUCUUUAGAGUUGCUGAUAAAAUAAUUAACUAUCUUUGUUAUACAAAUCACCCAUUAGUCUAAAUAUUUUAUGUCAUAGUUGCAGGAGGUGGAUUUGUCGUUUAUUGCAAUUUUGGUCUAUUUAAACACUUUCCUAAUUAGUAAGUCUCAAGUAUCCACAUUUACAUUGGCUCUCUUUUUGCCUUCUUCUGUUUUUACAGUUAUUACCUAGCUUGUAAAGUCAGUCCAGGAAAAAUAAGCAAAGAAAAUGUGAAGCAAUAUACAAAAACCUAUGAAAAGUAUUACGAUGAUGUUUUAUUUGAAAAGGGUAACAACUGCUCAACUUGCAACAUAGUAAAACCUGCUAGAUCUAAACAUUGCAAGACUUGCAAUAUGUGUGUAGCUAGAUUUGAUCAUCAUUGCAUUUGGAUUAGAUAAUGUGUUGGAGAAAAAAACUAUAAAUAUUUCUUAUUGUUUAUAGGAUCUCAUGCUCUCUUGACUUUGUAUGGUGGUAUUAUAGGUAUCCUAUGCUUAUAUGGAAUAGUUUUGGACUCUAACUUACUCUAUGCAAAAUUUAGAAUCCCAGGAUCAAAUGAAGUAAUUGAUGCUAACUGGUCAAUCAUAUUAAAAUACUUAUUCUACAAGGAGACAAUGUUCGUAUUCAUAAUUAUUCUUUGCAUAAUUAUGGGAAUAACUUUAACAUUGUUCUUACUCUAUCACUUCUCUAUGAUAAAAGAUAACAUGACAACAAAUGAAAGAAUUAAAAGAAGUGAUUUCAUUAGCUUCCUUGAAAAAGAAACCAAAAAAAUGGAAAAAGAUUUAGAAGAACCUGAUUAAACUGCUGAAAAUAAGGCAGAAAAAUAAUAGAAACUCAAAAAAUAUAAAAGAGAUCUUGAUUAAUUAAAAAAAUGGUUUCCUACUAAGGGAUUUAAAUAAAAUCUUAAAGAUAUUUGGAAUUUAUGA